CGCAGGGGUGUGUUAGAGUGUGUUGGUGUGUGUGUGGCUGUGUGGGUGUGUGUAAGUGUAUUUUGGGAGGUUGGCAUGUGAAAGUUUGUUUGUGCAUCCCAGAGGCGCGUCUCCACUUGGCUCCAUUGUCUGUUGCGCGGACCGUCAAACAUGAACCUGUUCUGCUUCACACUGGCAGGCUCCACAGAAAGUUUAUAUCAACCAGCCUCAAACCCAACACUGAGGGAAGUCCUGCCCAAGUACCAGUGCAGCCCUGCUCUGCUCAGGUGUAAUCCUGAGUGGGGGGGCUCAGACCCAUCCAUCACUUCUAGCCAACCUGAGAAUGCAGUGAAAUUAAGAAGGAGCAGAAAAAGUCCCUGUUUACCGACAUCACUCUCGGACAACAAGAGCACAGAAAAGGACAAUCAUCAUGUCUGCUGGACGUCUUCUGGUGAUGAGACUCACUUGUCUCAUCAAAACAAAGUUCUGAGCGGAGGUGAAGAAACAUACAUGUGUGAAGCUCGCUGUCAGAGCAGCAGGACGACGAGAGACGACAGCGUGAAGGAGCUGAAGUGUGACAGGACACAGGCAGAUCUAUCCGCUCAGGCCGGUGAAGCUGCAGCUGACACAGCAGAAUCCAUUCACAGCAAAAGAAGACAAAAGAAGUUACAGAGUCUGGUGCUGGCAGAGAAGGGAAAUCAGAGGGGAGGAAAGAACACAUCCGGGAACAUUGAUUGUUUGGCAGAUGUGUUGAAAAACAUCAAUCCGGUGCUAACCUGUAUCGGCCUGGGGAAGAGAGCAGAGGAGUCGUCUAAACCUGCUGCAUCAUUGCAGAGGCAACAGGCCAAAGAACAUGAGCAUUCAGAGGAGGAGAACAUUUUGAGCCCAAGGGUUGGAACUCAUCUGUGGAGCCCAUUUGAGUGCCCACAGCCCUGGAGUCCUUUCUACCACAGCUGCCAGCAGCCUCGACACGAGCUGUGGGUGUGUGGCGGCACCUUGUCCCUGCCUCGGACCACAGAGUGGGAUCGUUUCGAGACUUCGAUCCAGAUACUUGACAUCAAGCAGCCCGGUCCGUCUCCCCCACAAAUGAUCCGCUCCAUCACAGACCUGCACCUCUCACAAAACACAAUGACCAGAUUUGGGAGAUUUGAUGCCUCCUCACAACGCUCGCCUUUAAUGAAACCGCAGGAUGAUGGAAGCUGUGCGCAGGGGCAGAAAGAGGAAGCGACCAAAUCAAGGCUGCAGGAGGAGAAAAUGGAGGCGUCACCACAGACAGACAGGAAGCAGGUCGACGCCCCACCAGAGAGAGUUCUGACAGCCAUCACCAAUGGGGACACAAAGAAAGAUGAAGCGAUGAAGAAGGCUGCAGGUGGACGACCAUUCACUAAAAGACACAGGAAGUCCACUCACUCUCUGUCAAGCCUCUACAGCCUCAACAGUGGACAAAGCUCCUCAAGUGGAGUCGCCAGUGGGUCAAACUGCUCCAGUAACAGAGGCAGUCUGAGGCUGGAGGAAGACCUAUUGUGCACCAGACAGUUCUGUGGCAGAGCCAGAGUCCACACAGACCAUGUGCCAAGUCCAUAUGACACCGAAUCCCUUAAACUCAAGGUGGGAGACGUGAUUGACAUCAUCACUAAGCCUCCCAUGGGAAUAUGGAAAGGCAUGCUGAAUGGCAAGGUGGGAUAUUUCAAGUUCAUUUAUGUGGACGUGCUGAGAGAGGAGAGACCUGAGCUACACAAGGAAUCACAAACCCCCAAAGACAAACGAAGGUCAACGGUCCAGGAAGUGUUAAAGCGCCUCAGUUUGGAGGAGUAUUCCUCGUCUCUGCAGGAGAGCGGUUACCAGACAGUGGAGGACUUGAUGAGGCUGAGGGAGCAGCACCUGAUGGAGCUCAAUGUGACUGAUCCAGAGCACAGACAUCGUCUGCUCGCCGCUGUCGACUCCCUGCAGCAACUGAGCUCUGAUCGUCAGAUGGAGAAUGAGGCUAAUCAGGAGGCCGAGACCCCCGGUAAAAACACCAAGGCAGAUAUGAACAACUGCUCAAGGGACUCGGGCUGCCCCGACAACACGGCAGAGGACACAGAGCUGCACAGUCCCCCUCAACAACCUCUACUGGCGGAGAUGACGGCUUCAUGAGAGCAAUCCAUUCUUUAUAAUGUCUGCUUUAUCCCUUAAUGUGCUGCUGAGACGACUUGGGAAUCAAGCGCUGUUCUUCAUUUCUUGCAACAAGGUGAUUUGACGUGCAAUAAAACAAGCCUUUACAAC